UUUCAGAUCCGCAGCGCACUCGAGAAUUGGGACGGCGGUACCUUCAAAUCGAGUGAUCUGUUUCCUGCCUCGUUUUGGAACUCUUACUGGGAUUACCUGGAGAGCUACGGAGAGGCCAGGAGGAUUCUGGACGAGCUGAGGGCAUUCGAGGAUCCCCUGCUGCACUUCCUCGGUGUUAGGCAAGCUGCGGCCAGGCAUUCCCCAUCCUCGUUACUUCUUCUACCGGUCCAGAGGUUGGCCGAAUACGAGAGGUACCUGGGGCAAGAGGCGAGGAAUCUAGUGGAGAACGGAACGGAAGCGUCGGGAGUGGCGCCGUUCUCCAACGCGGUCAACUGGAGGGAGAUCUUCACCGUAUCCAGGAAUUGUUCCCUGGCGAUAAUCUCCGGCUACACGAGCGAGAUGUCCUCACCACGAAAAUGAAGAGUCUUAUUCGCAAGAGGAACGGUGGAAAUCCUGGAAGGCUUACCAGAGUGUUGUCGCAAAAAUCUCUGAACGUGUCCAACAACUCACCAGCCCCGAAAUCUCCGCCUAGAACCUUCCUCCUGGAGACUCCUGUACAAUUCACCACCGGUGUGCAGUCCCAGGACAGACACCUUUUUCUCUUCUCGGAUCUGUUGCUCAUAGCGAAAGCACGAAACGGGGGUAACUUCAAGCUGAAACAAUCCGUAAGAAUGAGCGAGUUAUGGCUAACUGCCGGCCACAUAGAGGACGUGGCCGAAACGAGCAAGUCCCAGGAGACGAGCUUCGUCCUCGGUUGGCCCACCACGAACGUCGUCGCCACUUUUAUGACUGCUGCAGCCAGGGAUCUCUGGUGGGGACGUUUGACCGAACUCGUACGAGAGGAGAGUAUGAAGGAGCCGCCGGACACGAACAUUCAAGUCGUGUAUCACGACAGUGACACGAACACGGAAUACUGUAAGACGAUCAUGGUCGGAUCCGAGAUGACAGCGGCUGCUUGCGUCAAUUUGGCCACUCGCCUGUUGGAUCUUCAAGGACCUUUUCAAUUGUGGGCCAGAACGUCCGCGGACGAAGCGCCCUAUCCAUUAAUAGGGCACGAGAGGCCUUUUGCGGUCAAACUGUCGAAUUUACGGCACACCCUGUCCGCCGAGGAGGGUUUCGAUCUGGAACAUUGUAACAAAAGUGGCCACGACACGUGCCACUUUAUAUUAAGGCCGGUACCGAAGUCACCGGUGAAGAAGAAUAAAUCGAAGAUCACUGGAUUGCUCAGGAGAUCCCUCUCGUUGAAUCCGAGUUUAUUCGGGGUCAAUCUGUCCAGACUCGACGAGAACGGAUUACCCAAACCUGUGCUGGUCAUGCUUCAACAACUGUUCGCCAAGGGGCCAUUCACGCAGGGAAUCUUUAGAAAAUCGGCCAACGUUAGAAUCGUACGAGAGCUACGGGAUCAAAUCGAGUCCACUGGUGACCCCAGCUGUUUGGAAGAUGCCCCUAUCAUAGCGGUGGCAGCUUUGCUUAAAGACUUUUUGAGAUCUUUGCCGGAUCCUUUGCUAACUUCCCACCUGUUUCCCCUCUGGAUGGAAAGUUUGGAAACAAUAAAUCCAGUUCAAACUAUUAAAAAUAUUCUAGAUAGAUUACCCAAAGCGAAUUAUACCCUGCUGUCGCAUUUAAUCUGCGUUUUACACCACGUGGCACGGCGGUCGAAGCACAAUCUCAUGUGUGCCAGCAAUCUGGGCGUGUGUUGUGGACCUAGUUUACUCUGGUCUCCGAAUCCAUCUGUGAAUCAAAGUAGAGCGAUACCUACGCUGACGGAAAUGUUGAUUCGUCAUUGCGAGGUUCUGUUCGGCGAAGGCGUCACACAGCUUUUCGGGGAAGAACGCAGCGACAGCGGAGCCGAAGAAAGCACCGAUAGCCUUCACUCAGGUGGGCUUUCUCUGGACAGCCUGGACCUGACGGAACCACCACGCAAGGACCACAUGUCUCUCUCUCGAGACUCCGGUCUGACCUUGUCAGAUUGUCAACUCUUCAUCCCAGAAUCUCCUGUCGGCUCCGAGGAUUCCGCCGUGAAUGCCUCGUCAUCCAGUUUCGACAAGUCUCUAACCAAGGAGGACAAGUCCACCAACAAAUCGUAUAUUCGUGUUUACGGUGGAUGGGAGGAGAGAAUAAACGGUUACACGGCGAAUAAUCAUCAUCCGAAUACCGUGGAACAUAAUUUCAGAGAGGAGAAGAACAGCAUCGGUUACCCUAAUCCGAAUUUCCAAAGGCAAGAUUGGUUAAGGGCACAAUUGAAGAGAACACCGAGGACCAAAUUGGACGAACAUGAUCAUCGCAAGGACAGGUUCGACGAGAAGGAUAUCUACGGGAGGGAAUAUCUCAGACAAGAUUCCAUGAAGGAGAACGUAGAGAAUUGCAAGGACAUUUACAGGAACUCCCAGCUGGACAUUGCGCGGGAUCUUAGGUCUGAAUACGAAAGAGCAACGCAGCAGGAUAUUUGCACGGAACGGGUCUCGAUUCACAAUUCGGAACAGGAUCUGUCGGGAGAUACGACGUUGACUAGCGACAGAUACGAAUUCAAGAAGGAACGUUUCAACGAGUUCAAAAAGGUCAAGUCGGAAAUGUAUGUUAAUCGCGAAUCACCCGUCUCGCAGAACGGUAGCUACCAUUCGGGUAGCGAUCUCUACGAGUUUAAGAAAGUGAAGAGCGAGAUAUACGUGAAUAAAGAGACGACGCGUACGGAAAGAUACGAAUCUGAAAGUAGUAUCUACGGAAACAGGGAUAGAACGAGCGAGAUAUAUGGCUCGAGAGAGAGAAACGAUUUGUACUCUUUCAAGCAGGCCGAGGCAAUCGAUUUGUACGGUGACGAAGACGACGAGGAAGAGAGAACGUGGCCAGAUACACCACCACCGCUUCCACCGAGAUUGAGGCAUCUGCCGCCAGUACACAUGAAUCUGGAAGACAGGCACAAAGUGGCCGGAAGGUCAAGGUCUCUACCACCACCGCCUCCUUAUCGUCCGCCUCCUCAACCACGUGCCUCGGUUACUACUAGACAUCUAGGAUACGGAAGAUCCGUAGUUGACGAUGAGAGUUAUGUUUAGAAAAAAAAAAAAAAAAACGAAGGAGCCAUAGAAUUGUGGUCGCUUGUAUAUUGUGUGUAUGUGUGUGUGUAUGUAAAUGUUGGCACCUCAAGAAUCAAAGAAGCGAAAAGUCGCAAGUCGAGAUCAUGGAUACAUGUUGGCUCGUGUAUAUAUGGUCUCAUUACGGCUGAAACUAGUCCAAACUGGAACGUAUGUAUGAUAUCGGGAACAAUAGCGAUGUACAUAUAAUAUCUUAUUGCAUGAUCAUCGAGGAACGAAGAGAUACAUUGUAACAUCGCUUGAUUAUUCAGUUCGUUAAAAUAUGUAAAUCUACGAUAGAUUAUGUUAGAAAUAUAAGUUGUAUAAGCACAUUGUGUAAGUCACAAAACGCUAUCGGUUGUUCGCGAUUUUUAGCGAUAGGACUUAACUGUUAUACAGUGAUUCAGGGUGCUUCCUUAACGAAUCUUAAUUAAUAGUUAUUUUUUUUUUUUUUUUUUUUUUUUUCACUCUCUAUUAGACAUUCAUAUAGAAACGUUUAUUGUUAAAUGUAAGCUUUAGCGGACAAGACUUGCGUCGAAAUGAUAUUAUUCGUAAUUUCUUUUCUUACGCGAAGAAGAUUUUU